AUGAUUUUUCCAAUUUUCCUAGCUCUUCUCCUUGUGGUAAGCCACUUCUCCAUUUUCAGAAAAGUUCCUGUUUUCAGCCAAUUUCCCUCGCUCAACUUCCAUCGGGAAUUUCAGACCUUCAAACUCGAAAUCUGGAACAAGCUGAUAUUAUAACAAUAGUUUCACGGGCGGUGAAUUCGUAUAUUUCGAAUAGAGGAAAGUUAGUUGAAGCUGGAAAAUUCUGGGGGAAAAUUUUUAGAAAUCUUCUUUUCUCCAGCCUUAAAUACGCAGUUGGCCAAAUUCAAUCAAGUCUUGAAGGGAUAAGCCCAGAUUAUAAAUGGAAUGUUGUGAUUGGACAAUUUUCGAUCGCUUCGAGAGCUUCGAAAGAGUGCUUUUUCAUUUAUGAUGGACAGAAAUUUAUGAUUUAUUAUUGA